AUGGCGGAAUGGAGUCCCACGUCCUGGACCUCGAAACCGAUCAAACAAGAUGUCACAUACGAAGACGCUGACGCUGUAAAAGCGGCAUUGACCAAACUUCAAAAACUGCCGCCAUUGGUGACCCCGCACGAGAUUGUGCAUUUGAAGAAUAGUCUACGGAAUGCGGCUCUUGGGAAGGCUUUUGUGCUUCAAGGUGGCGAUUGUGCGGAACUAUUCGAUUACUGCAAUCAAGACACAAUUGAGGCGAAGGUCAAGCUGCUUCUGCAGAUGAGUUUGGUUUUAGUCUGGGGAGCCAACAAACCCGUCGUCCGUAUUGCACGCAUAGCUGGUCAAUUUGCCAAACCCCGCUCAAGUCCAAACGAAACAAUCAAUGGUGUCACAAUGCCCUCCUUCCGCGGCGACAAUAUCAACGGCUUCGACGCAAACCCCGAGUCACGAAAACCAGAUCCAGCUCGCCUGGUAUCAGCAUACUUUCACUCCGCAGCAACCCUCAAUUAUCUCCGUGCCUCACUAGCCUCUGGCAUUGCCGAUCUGCAUUCGCCUCUAGACUGGGGCUUGGGACACGUCAUUGCACCAUCCAUCAAACAAAAAUACGAGAGAAUCAUAAACUCAGUGACGGAUGCACUACGAUUCAUGCACACAGUUGGCGUCGACCAGGAUCGCCGUGUUGCAACAGCCGACAUAUACACAAGUCACGAAGGACUAUCUCUCGAGUAUGAGCAAAGCUUCACUCGUCUCCUGCGCCAUCCACCAGAAGCAUUCCCCUCGCCUACCGAAUACAAAGAAAAACAACUCCGCCGCGGCUCAUCUGCCGCAAUCUCAAAGGGCUAUUACGACACAUCCGCUCAUUUCCUCUGGAUAGGAGACCGUACACGACAAGUCACAGGCGCCCACGUUGAAUUCUUCCGCGGUCUCAGUAACCCCAUCGGCAUCAAAAUUGGGCCCAGUAUGACGACCGAAGAACUCGUGGAGUUACUCAAUACUGUAAACCCGACGAAGGAGAUCGGCAAAGUGACACUCAUAUCACGAUAUGGCGCGGAUAAGAUCGCACAAUACUUACCUGCGCAUAUUGCUGCCGUGCAGGCUUCGGGCCAUUUACCGGUUUGGCAAUGUGACCCGAUGCAUGGAAAUACGCAAUCUACACCUUCGGGCGUGAAAACGAGACAUUUUACUAAUAUCUUAUCCGAACUCAGACAGGCGUUGGAAAUUCAUAGAGCUGCGGGUAGUUAUCUGGGCGGGAUGCAUCUCGAGUUGACAGGCGAGGCGGUUACGGAGUGUGUUGGAGGUGCAGGUGGUUUGACUGAAGAAGGCCUUUCAGAGCGUUAUGAGACUUUCUGUGAUCCGAGGCUCAAUGAGAAGCAGGCUCUUGAGUUGGCAUUUUUGGUUGCGGGAUUCUAUAGGGAGGAUAUGGAGAGAGGGGAGGAGAUUCUUUGA